AUGGUGCUCUCCAACGCGACCCUUCCCCUGUCGGUGGACUUCGACAAUCCCGCCGAUUUUUUCAUCUUCAUCUUCCACAUCCUCUUCGCCACCAGCGCCGUGCUCGUCGCCGGCUCGGUGGUGGUGGGCAUCUUCAGCAGCAGGUCUCUGCGGUCCCAGAACCGCUUCAUCUUCAUGCUGAACACCAGCAUCAGCGACACGCUCACCGGCUUCUCGGCCUACUACCUCGGCCUCUUCGACGUGCAAGAGGGCUACCCGUCCAGGAACGGGACCUACUAUAUCCUACCCUCCUUUCUGGGGGUCAACGUGUUAACCUUCCUCUUCGCCCAGUUUGACCGCUACCUCGCCGUGUGCCACCCCUUCUUCUACAACCGCUACAUCACCAGGUCCUCCAUCGUCGGCGUGUGCGCGUUUUGCUGGGUGUACACGUACACCAUUCUGACGGUGCAAAAUAUGGUGCCGAUAUCUAAGGCCGCUCAGAUCAACGCGUUCGGCGUGAUGACCCUGCAGGUAAUAGUCCUCACCAAAGUCCUGAUGACCAUCAAAUUGUACGUCAUAGCCAGGAGCCAUCUGGAACGGGAGUUACCCAGCACCGACCGAGACAACAAGGAGUCGCUGCGCGUCAUCGUGUUCGUGGUCAUAUGCUUCCUGGCGCUGUGGUGUCCGUCCUUCGUUAACAUCAUCGUCCGGCAGCUGAGUAGAAAGGGGCUCCGGUUCAGAAACGAAGCCACCAACUUGUUCGCCACCAUGGCGCGUUUGAACGCGCUGGUCACCCCGGCGCUGUACAUCUGGGGCAGUCCUGCGCUGCGAGGCGUGGUGUGGAGGGUGGUGUGGCGGAGGCUCUGUCCCCUACACAGAGGGAGAAUCGGCUUCAACCCCAAUGGAGAGGCGAACAAAAACGGAGUUGUGACUCUAUGA